AUGCCAUCAUCCGACUCGGGCGGCUCGUCAUCGCCCGCACCCGCCGCUACGGCGUCGCCAAAGAAGGGCGCGGCAGCGGGGAGACGUAAGAGCUCGAGGGUGAAGAAGGAGAUCCAGAGGUUGGGCGCUUCCGGCAAGUCUGCCGCGAACGGUCUCUCCGACGACGACGAAGACGAGCUAGACGAAGACGAAGACGACGAGGAGGAAGAAGACGAUGCCGAGUUCAAGGUUCCGACGAGUAUCAAGACAGGGUCGCGGAAGCGUGCUGCGGCUGGUACGAACAGCGCGAGUGCGAAGAAGCCGCGUGCGAGUGCGGGAGGGAAGAAGGCGGGCGGAGCAGGGACGAGAAAGAAGAAGGCUGCGGCGGAGGAUGGGGAUGAGGAGUUUGAGGCGCCGGUCGCGAAGGCUGCGGGAGGCGGAGCAGCUGGGAAGGACUUCAAGAUUGAAGACGACAACGGGCUCUUCAAUGCCGUCAAGGACCCGAACACGGCGCUCAAGACGGUCGUCGAGGACUGGAUCGAGUCGUACAAGGAGGACUCGGGGCCUGCGAUGGCUGAGCUCGUCAAUUUUGUCCUGCGGUGCUGCGGCUGCAACGCUACGAUCGACGAGCACCAGGCGGAGGACGAGAAUGGCAUUGUCGAGAACCUGAAGGACAUUGUCGACGAGUUCAAGCAGGAAACCAACUUGGCUUACCCGCUCAUCUCCAAGUCGAAGACCUACAAGAAGUUCCGCUCGUCUCUCGCGCAGUUUCUCUCGAAGCUCGUCUCGGAAACCGCCGUCGACGACAUGCUCUACUCGACCUCCUUCUUCGAGCAAUUCCAAUCCUGGGUGCACGCGCUCUCGUCCUCCCAAAUCCGCGCCUUCCGUCACACCGCGACCGUCAUCGUCCUCCUCUCGGUCAACGGGCUCUCGACGCUCCAUGUCGAUGCGAGAAAGCAGCAUGCGCAGCGGGUAAGGGCGAAGGAGGCCGAGGAGAAGAAGAGCAGGAAGGACAAGGCCCGCCUCAAGGACAUGGAGAAGCAGGUCACUGAAGCGCACGAGAGGCUCGAGAUGGUCGAGCAGUUCAUGGAGGAGAGCUACACCUCCGUCUUCGUCAACCGCUACCGCGACGCCGACGCCGUCAUCCGCGCCGAGUGCAUUUCUGCGCUCGGAAGCUGGAUGAAGAUCGACCCGGACCACUGGAUCGACGGCGACUACCUCCGCUACAUCGGCUGGGUCCUCUCGGACGAGUCCAAGGAGGCCCGCCGCGAGUCUGUCCGCGCGCUUUUCUCGCUCUACCAGAAGUCCGCCUACAUCGGCAAACUCACCCACUUCACCGACCGCUUCAAGCAGCAACUCGUCGACAUGGCCGUCGGCGAGCACGACAUUUCGGUCCGCAUCCAGGCGCUGCACGUCGUCCACCAGAUCAACACGCAAGGUCUGCUCGAGGACGAGAAGCAGCGCGAUGAGGUCGCCAUGCUCAUCUUCGAGAAGGAGAAGCGCGUCCGUGUCGCUGCGGCCGAGUUCGUCCAGGGACUGUUCAAUGACGCGGUCGAGGAGAAGCAGGGCGAGAUGAACGCCAAGGGCAAGACGGCCAAGGGUCGCAAGAAGGGCGGGAAGAAGCAGGACGAGGAGGCGCUUGCUCGCGCUGUCGAGUACAAGGUCCUCGCCGAGCUGCUCGUCAAGUACGGCAAGGAGCUCGAUGGAUCGCCUGCCGACCAAGACGCCGAGGACGAGGACGGCGAGGGCUCGCAGGCGCGCGAGAACGGCGGCGACGACUUCGACAAGCUUGGCGUUGCGGACGUCCUUCCCGCUCGCAUCGGCGGCGCAGAUGAGGACGCGUCGGCGACCAUCCCGCGAGGUCGAGUCGCGCUCGCCGUCGAGGCGCUGUGGGACUCGCUCGACUUGCUCCAGGACUGGGAGGCGAUGCUCGCCUACCUCCUCAAGGAUCACUCGCACGGCGGCGAGGCGAACGGUGCUGCCAGGAAGGGGAAGGGGAAGGCCGCGGCGCGAGGGAAGGGAAAGAAGAAGGCGGAUCAGGACGAGGACGAGGAGAUGCAGCCGCUCGGCGAGGGCGACGAGGACGAGGAGGACGAAGCCGACAAGGACGAGCAGCUGCCCGAGGACGCGCGGUUGACGGAGGAGGAGGAGACCGUCUUCAUCGAGAUCCUGCUCGCCUGCUUGACGAGGGUCACGAGCCUCACAGCGACGACGAAGAAGGACAAGGAGCGGGAGGACGAGGACCAGGCGACCAUCGCGCGGGCUGUCAUCGAUGCCCUGCCCAAGCUCUUCUCGAGGAACCAGACCUAUGCCUCGCGCAUCACCGACAUUCUCGCCAUUCCGCGUCUGAUCUCGCUCGACCUGUACCUCGACAUGCAGCAGAUUUCGGCGUACGAGGCGCUCUGGGACGACGUGACGAAGCAGUUCCUCAAGCACACGCAGGCCGACGUGCUCGACCAGGCCACCACGACUCUCGCUCACUUCGUCGCUGCGAACAACCUGUCCGCAACGAACCAGACGAAGCUGGCUGAGCUCGAGGAGAAGCUGGUAUCGACGCUUCGCACGUCGGCUGGUGACGAUGUCGAGAGCGCCACCUUCGAGGACGACGAGUGCCACGCCUUGACGGCCUGCGUCGCUCGCAUCGAGAAGCUUUCGAAGGUCCGCAACCUGAACGCGACGCUCGAGGACACCGACGGCGGCAAGGUCACCAGCGCUCUCGACAUCCUCGACGGUAUCGCGAACCGAGGCAGGCUCGGAUACAAGGCUGAGGCUCGCAUGGUUGAGCACGCGAUCAACGUCCUCGCCGGCCACCUCACCUGGCAGCUCUGCACCGUCGCCCUCGAGGCGCGCCAGGCGGAGAAGACCGACCUCGCUGCGAUCAUUGCUGUCUCGGAGCGAAGACGGACGUUCCUCGACAAGCUCGAGGAGUACGCCGUUGGCAACGAGACGAACGCGUGCGAAGGCGUCAAGCAGGUCUCGCUCGCCUUCACCCUCGACAUUUACACGAUGACUCGCCAGCUCACGUCGGCCGAUGCGGAUCCGAACGGCCUCCUCUCUGAGCUCAAGCUUGCCCCAAGCGACGAGCUGCAAGCACGUUGCGCGGGCUACAUCGAGGCGCAGAUUGAGCGAUAUGCUGAGGCUCUCGCCGAUGAGCGUGACGAGGACAAGGACGAGACGCAGCGUGAGCCGGACUCGGAUGAGGACGCCAGCGGUAGCGACACGGAGACGGAGGAGCGAAGCCAGUCGCAGCGAGGGAAGAAGGGGAAGGGGAAGAAGGCAGCAGCGAAGAAGGGCAAGAAGGCGGCGCCGAAGAAGCAGGACAAGCGGCGGCGGAAGACUGCGGCGCAAAUUCGAGCCGACAACGCGAAGGAGCAGGCUCAGCUCGUCGCUGCCAAGCGCUUCGAGCAGGUUCUCGCCCCAUUCAUCCGCGUCCUCCACAGCAGCACGUUCGACCUGCGCCACUACGUCGUCCUGGUCAAGCAUUGGGGACGCCUCGGCGCAGCGUUCGACGAGAACGUCAAGCUCCUUCUGCACGACCUCCGCGACGAAGGCAACUACGGCUCGGCCAGCGAUGUCGUUGCCGCCGUCGUCGUCGACUCGCUCAAGGGCUCCUGCGAGCUCUACAUCGACGCGCCCGAUUCGCCAUCCGUCACCGACGAGCCGCUCAUCUCUCUCGGUCGACACUUGCAGGGCGUCGUCAUCGUUCGCGGCGCUCACCUCGCCAUAGUCGACCAGCUGCCGUCCGAAGACCACCUUCGCAUCCACCUCGACGCGCUGAAGUGGAUCGUGACCAAGCUUGCCCAGUUCGAGGACGCGAAGCGGAAGGACGAUCGCAACCGCGCUCUCUCGUUCUUCAAGGCGCUCGCACACCUGCUCAUGGGCAUCGACGGCAGGAGCGCACUCAAGGCCAAGACGACGCUCGACUCGCUGCUGGACGAGCGCGAGAUCGAAGUUCCGCCAACGUCCAAGACCUGGGAGCCUGUGCGCGCGUACCAGAAGCGUCUGAUCACGGUCAUGUCGAAAGACCCUUCUAUCCAAAAGGCCGCGACAAGCGAGAAGGCGAAGAAGGUGCGCGCGAAGGGCAAGGCGAAGGCCACGGAGCCUGAGGAGGACGAAGAGGUCGAGGAGGAGCAAGAGGAGGAGGACCAGCUCGGCACGCAGCUUUCACGCUGGUCGACUCGCCCCAAGCGUGCUGCGCCGCCCACCAAGAUCAGCCAGGAGCUUUACUCGCCGAGCAAACGUCCUCGAACGGCGAGUCCAGGGGGCGAUGAGGCAGAAGCAGAGGUCGAGGAGGACGCGCUGGACACGCUCCUCAGGGAGGACUCGCCGUCGCAGGUCUCGCAGGGCAAGAAGCGGGCGCGCGAGCAGGACGACGACGAGGCGGACGAGCAAGAGCAGGAGCCGCUGCGCGCAACGCCGAUGGCGGAAGACGCCUUCGAGCUGGGUGACCUCCCCGAGACGGAGACACAACCCGACUACUCGACGGGUCCUCGCGGUGGCAGCGGCGGCGAGCGACCUGGCUUCGAACGGGAAGCGUCGAUUGUGUCGGACAUCAGCCUGUCGGACGUGCCGAGGAAAAGGGUGAGGCGUUGA